AUGUACACCAGACUGAUGGCUUAUGAGAACGCUCCAAUAGAAGAUCCCAAUCGUUACGAGGUCAAAGACCUCUCUAUAGAGGAAGUACAGGAGAAACUAGAAGCUCUCAAGAAAAAAUUAGAUGAUGGGAGCUUUAGUUGCAUUUCACGAGACAAGUCCAACGUGACCUAUGUUGAGUGUAGCGAUGGCGUCAAACGUCUUACAGUGAAGGAUAUAAAUAAACGCUCUAAACCAGGAGAUGAAAUCCGUUUGAUGGUUGAUCUUAUUCUCAAGUUCUUCCAAGCAAACAAGCGGGAAACACAUCGUGGGGUGUUUUACUUAGGGAAUAAUACCAGUUCAUUGUUCCGACAAAAAGAUGAGUACGAAAUUCUUGAUGACAUCUGUUGCACUAUAGGGUGCAGCAGUUCAAGUCUCUACGUAGAUGCUAGUGUAAGAGGCGUUGUUGCAGGUCUGCUUUCUUUCGAGCUUGGAGGGCACGAAACCUUUUGUACGAGCCGGGAUGAUGGGGUACCCAUCCCGCUGAAUUUAGAUAUUAAAAUGAAGAAUCGUGGAGCCAAGUUCAUAUUGGUGGUGGAAAAGAAAUCCGCUUUCAAUACAUUGAUGCAAGAUAAGUUUUACAAUGAUUAUCCAUGUAUAAUCAUCACCGGAAUGGGAAUGCCUGAGGUGGCGACCAGAAGAUUUUUAAAGCUAUUGUCGGACAAUUUUGGACUUCCAGUGUAUGGCCUUUUCGACUGUGAUCCAGAAGGCAUCAUAAUGUUUACAAUUUAUACUCUCAGAUACAGAUAA